UAGAGAGACUGUGAAACAUGUACUCCUCCAGUGUAAGCUCUAUUCCAGGAAAGGAUGACUCUUUUCCGGAAACUUGGAUCAGCUGGGUAUCAGUUUUUAAUAUGCUCUUCCGAAUCUGGAUUAAUUGGUUAAAGCAAAGGAAUUUUUGGAUCACCUUCACAACACUGGAAUAUAUAAAAUAAUUUAGAGGGAAAUAACGAACAGUGGGGGGCAGCAAUACGCCGUAGCUGCGUCAAAACCGCCUAAACCAAAGAAGAAGAAGAAAACAAAUACAGCCAAAUAUCUGUGCUGAAAAUCAAGUCUUGCCUUAAAUAAUGGAUUAAAUCAUGCUUCCCGCUGCAGCUGUUGCCUAUUUCCCCUGGGAAAUAAACUCUGGUUCCCUGCAGGAAGGAGAAUCCGUAAGAACAUUUGGAAGAUUAUUGUACUAUCAACCCGAGGAGUCAAAAGCUACACUGACUACACGGCAAGCAUCAGCACAGCACAAAGUGAUCGUUCACACCUUGUUUGUGGAGCCAUUUAAUGCCAUCAUAGGAGCCCAGUACAUGGUUCUGGGGGAAAUUGAAAACUGCGAGGGUGGCGUGGUGGUCAGGGCACGUGUGCUAAACUGUGUUGAUGGUGUGAACCUCGCCCUCUUUCAGAAAGCGGUCAAUCAACAGAGGAGCUUUUUCCGAGAGUCGGAGAGCAAAGCAAUGCCACCUGACUAGGGUCUGCCGUUUAUACAAAAGGGUCUGGUCUUAUCUUCUUCAGUCAGUCCCACAGCUGUUUGUUUAUGUCAAGGGCUCAGGGUUGUGUUACGGUGCUGGUUAUGCUGGACAAAUGGCAACCUAGAAAGUAUUGUUCUGCGCUUUUAUGUUGAGUUCUAUAACCCUUUCAGGACAUAUACAGGUAUUGACUCAGGUGUUGUUGAUAUUUCUUUAUUUCUUUUCCACAGAAAGCUAAAUACAACUAUGGUUUAUUUUGUUUGCGAUAACUGGUUGUACAGAUGUACAUUGUAUAAUUUAAACGUACUCAUAUUAGUUUCUUCAUCAGGUUUAUAACAAGACUGGAGGAGUAAUACAAAAAAGCAAUCUUGGUUAACAUUGCACCAUGUCCCUUCUUCCACAAUAAAAAAAUUAAAAACAAAGCAAUACAGACCUCUGAUUAUAAUUUUUUUAAAUAUGAUUUUUCCCACCUUAGAGCUUCGACAAGUAAACAGAAGUAGUUCAUAAGCAGCAUGUUUAAUGAAAGUAGGCUUUGCAGUGGAGUUAAGAUUCUGAACAAUUAUAUUUGAGCCCCUUCAAACCUCAAUAUGACCAAGUUGACUGCAUUCUAAAGGCUAAGAUCAAGGAAGCAUUUCUACUCAAAAAAUAGUUUGAUGCUCCUGUGGCUGGUACUAGCUGACAGUUUAAUGAAUGAAAAAUAAAUCAUGACUUUUUCUUAUAUAUAUUAAUUGUUACAUUAUUUUCGGUGUAGAUUCAAGUUAUAUUUAAAAAUAUGUUUGAGUAGAAAGAGUAGCUUUAGCGUGCUUUUAACUUUUAGGCAUGUAUGUUACUUUAUAUGGUUGCAAACAAAAUGGUUGACUGUAAGAAUAACUAUUAAAUGAAGAUUGUACAUUGUCUCAUUCAUCUUUACUUUGCUAAGCACAAUGUAGUCAAUCAGCCACUAGACUAGAUUCCUCCUCAUAUAUUGUAAACACUUCUAGUAUCUGGAGUACUUAUUGGCGUUGUACACAGGUGUGUAACUUGAAUCUUUAGACGAUGUGGGAAGCAUCGGUAGGCCUGAAACUGGAUCUAUCUUUGCACGAUCCAUGGCCUGCUUGUAGUUGAUCUUCUCCUUGGUGACCGGGUCUGUGAUCUCCUUGGCGUAGCAGGACUCUGACUGCAGCUCUCUCACCAUGCCACUAUCAAGCAGCUUGGCUCCGAUGGCGUCCAGGAUGCUUACCCGCCGGCCGGUUUUGGGGUCGACCAGCCCGCCGGUCAGGUGCUGUACUUCCAUGUAGCGAAUGGCUGUUUCUUUGGGCAUCCAGCCUUUUUGAACGGCCUCCCCAACAGCCAAGAGCUCCUUGGUCCUUGGGUCUUCGACGCCCGUGAAGGCCUUCUGGGCGUUGAGCAGCCGCUGGAGUUGACUUGUCUCGAUGAGGCCCUUGUCGCUCGCCCUGUGGACUGGGUGUCUCUCUUUGGUGUUGAAGUCAAUGAUGCCACCCGUGGCUGCCUGAGCUUCCAGAAGUCGUUGGGCUGUGACACUGUCUAUCAUCUUACGCAUGCUGGCACUGCGUAUUGUGAAGCAGGUGCCAGUGUUUGUGUCAAUUACCCCAGCGAUUGGGUAUAUUUCAGUGGAAGCACUGAUGGAUUGGGAAGGAGUGGAUUGUGCUGAAGUGAUGGAGCUUGGGAUGAUUGAGUUGAUUUUCGGUGCUUUUUUACCGUCUCCAGCUACGAGUAAGGCAAACUCUGAGAUGGGCAUCUUGCCGUCUUUGUAUUUCUGCAGAUCGUUCUGUGUCAGCCAACCUUUUUUAAGGGCAUCUUUGAUAGAGUAUUGCUUGCCACUCUUACGGUCCUGGAGUACGGAUGAUUCACCAUCCGGACCCUUUGAAGUCAUCUCCUCCCAGUCACACUCAAGCUCCUGCAGGUGGAUGUACUGUUUACGGUCGAUGAGGCCCUGCGUGUAGGCGUCAUAGGGGGACAGGUCCACGCCUGUGUCUGGAUCCAAAAUGGUGAUCUUAGUGGAGACGUGACUCUCUUUGGUUCUGGUCUCUGCAUGUUCCUCUUUCUGUAGUUGGAGAAGAAGCUCUCGUAUGGUGUUGUCACUCAAGUGGAUUUUGUCUUUCUCGCCUAGGAUCUCCCUCUCCAAGCGAUGGACAUCGGAAUCCAUCUUGAUGCUUUUCUGCUUAUUAAUGUUGGUUCUUUCACUCAUAAGCCUCGUCUGCUGCUGGAACGACAAGCUGAUGUCAUGUUUACUCGAUUCAAGGGUUCUUAGCUCCCGGGCCAAGUCAUCCCUUUCUCUCU